AUGAAUUCAAUUGAUUUGAUUCUAGUGUCCUAAAGUGAAUGAUGCAAUCAAUGAAUUACGUAACAUCAUACUGAUCUCUUCCAAUGUAUGAUAUAUAUGCUGUACUGAUUAAAUUUACUCAAUAAAAUAAAUAGAAUAUGAUGAGUUAGCUGAAUAACAUGACAAAAUUUUUUAUCGCAUUGUUCAAUUUGUAUCAUGGAAUUGCUAGAAUCCGCAUUGUUUACAAAAUUUGCUAUACCGAUACGGGUACAUGGAUGACUAUUCCAAAACCCAUAAUAAUAAUCAUAAUAAUGGUAACCCUAUACCACCAGAUCGAAAUCCAUAUGAAUCUAAAUUUCUUUAUCCAGAUAAAUUAUCAUUAACUAAUCCACCGAAAGAAUUUAAUAAUGCAGUUAGAAAAUUUCAAAGACACUAUAGUCUACCUAUUACAGGUAAAUUAGAUGAAGCUACAAAAAAUCUAUUAAUUUCACCACGUUGUGGCAAUCCAGAUCAACAAAUUAAUUUGAAACAAUCAUCAACAUUAUUAUCCAAAUUAAAAUUUGGCAGUACAUUCCAUUUUAAUCAUAAUUAUUCAUUAACUGUACAAAAUGCUAAUAAUAAUAAUAAUAAUCACAAUGAAAGAAGAUUAUUAAAAAGACAAAAACGUUAUUUAAUUGGUGAUGAAAAAAUGAAAUGGACAAAGAAACAAUUAACUUGGCAAAUCCAAAGUUAUCCAUCACAUUCUUUAUCAAGGGUACGUGCACAUGCAGUAUUUCAGCAUACAUUCAAUUUAUGGUCAAGAGUGGUUAAUUUAGAUUUUGUGGAAGAAAAAGAUUAUUAUAAACCAGCUGAUAUUGUGAUACGAUUCGGAGCUGGCAAACAUGGAGAUUCUAUACCAUUUGAUGGAGCAGGUGGAGUACUAGCACAUGCUUACUAUCCAACACCGGAUAAUGUAUAUUCAUUUUCUGGUGAUGCACAUUUCGACGAUGAUGAAAUCUGGAAUGAUGGACCACAUAAAACACAUAGAAAUUUGAUUUCCGUCGCAGCUCAUGAAUUAGGGCACAGUUUAGGAUUAGGUCAUUCAUCUGUACCAACUGCCAUUAUGUAUCCUUACUACACAAGAACAUGGGAAAAAGUUAAAUUGGAUCCAGAUGAUAUCGCUGGAAUACAACAAAUUUAUGGUGCUGCUAAACCGGGUAAAUUUAUACCACCUGAACCAAGUUUGCCUGAUAUACCCCCACCACCACCUGUAACUACAGAAGCUCCAAAACGUGAGAAUGUUUUCGAUUUUUGUAAUAUCAGUGUUGAUGCAAUUAUUAAAAUUCGUAAUUUAGAAUUGUAUGUUUUUAAAGGAGAAUGGCAAUGGCGAGUAACAUGGUCAAAAACUGUAACAACAUGGAUUACCUACCAAUUUCGUGACGGUCCAGCAAAAAUAACUUAUUACUGGCCUGCAUUACCUAAAUACGUUGAUUACAUUAAUGCUGGUAUUGAACGCCAUGAUGCAGCUAUUUAUAUUUUUCGAGAUAAAAAAUUCUGGCUACUUCUGGAUAAUAUGAGAAUGAAACCUGGAUUUCCAAGUGAUGGAUUACCUCUAACUAAUCUUGGACUUCCAUCGUACCUGGAACGUGUAGACAGUGUAUUUUUAUGGGGAGAAAAUCAAGCAAUUUAUAUCUUCGCUGGAAAAUAUUACUGGCGCUUGGAUGAGAAUUCUGGUCCAUUUGGCAAAGUAAUUAAUGGUCCGGACUAUCCUCGUCUGAUAGAAGAUACAUGGCAAGGAGUUCCUGUUCCUACACAAGCUGCAUUUACCGGUCUCAAUGAUGAAACUUUGUUUUUUGAAGGUACAAACUACUAUGUAUUCGAUAAUAUAGCAAUGCGUACACGUCCUGGAUAUCCAAAACAAGCCUCACUAGGUAUACUUGGUUGUAUGAAAUGAUUAAGAAAUAACUGAAUUGAAACAGAAGAAGAAGAAAAAAAACACUACAUCAUUACAAACCAUUAGCAGUAUUAAAACUAAAGUUCAUUUUGAAUUUCAGUCAAUUGUUUUUACUCAUUAAUUUUAUAUGUUUAUAUGUCAAUUUUGAACAGAAACUGUGUAAUAAAUCCUAGUUUAUUCAAAUUAACUUGAAACUUUAUAUUACUUUUUUUAGAAAUAUAAGAAUUUAUGUAUACCCUACAUGAGAAAAUGAAAAAAGGUUAUCACUUUUACAUCAAUAAUUACCAAAACUAUGAAGAGAAACAUCUGAAUCAUAAGUAAAAAGGAAAACUAGCAAGAAUUCCAUAUACAUAUACAUAUAUAUAUAUGCUUUGUAAUUUAUUGUAUUCAUAAUUAACUUGACAUGCCUCUUUUGUGGAUUGGAUUACCUUUCAAUGUGAGACUAUAAUUUAUGGACGACCUUUGACUGACGCUAGACUGACCUUGAGAGUGUCCAACUGAUAACUAGAACCAAAUGAGCGUUAUAAAUUAGUGUGAAGAAUUCGAAUUAUGAUUUACAGUUGAUGGUUAACGUUAGGAAUUAGAUUUAAGCUUUUCAUCACGAACUGACAUUAACUAUAAUGCCAAAACUCUAUUUAGAGAAAUAGAUGAAUGAAUUUUGCGCCAAAAUCCGAAACCUGUUAUAUUACACCUGAUUGGUUGGUCCAUAAAUUAUGGUUUCGCCCCUCUCAAUUUUAUUUAUUAUUCUUCAUAUAAUAAAAGAUUUCCUUGAUGAGGUAGAUUUUAAAUAGUUUGACUAGAAAAUUUCAAUCAACUUCUCUUUAACACAUCUACCUAUCUUUACAUAUGAACCUGUGAAAUGUCUUUUUCUGUUCAUUUUUUUUUUAAAUUUUCAAUGUUUUCUUUAAUUCCUUAGUCAUUUUUUUCUUGUUUUGAGGACUUUUAUUCGUGAACACUCUGGAAAAUUAAAGCAGUUAUAAUACUAAUUACCUUGAAAGUAACCAUACUAUUUGUAGUUAUUACUGUUGUUAAUAAUAUCAUAACUAUCAAACUAUUACAACUGUGAAUAUAACGAGCGAUUCUAAUUGUUAUGAAUUUAAUCUUGUAAUGGUUUGAAUUAUUUUAUGAUUGAUAUUGUUGACUAAAUUUUGAUCAGUAUUCGUUGUCAUAUGUGUAUUCUUUACAGAUUACUUUUACAUAGCCAUUUUUUCACAAGUUUACAUAAAACAGAUGGAAUGUGAC